CCUCUCCCAUCAAACGUCAUCACACCGAUAUUUCUCCCCAUCGAGAUUCUGAACAUCUAUUUUUCUAAGUCGGAUCGAGUUACGUACUGGAGAUGGAGACCGGAGGGAAAGUGAAGAAGGGAGCCGGAGGAAGGAAAGGCGGUCCGAGGAGCAAGCCGGUGGCGAGGUCUGCGAAGGCUGGUCUUCAGUUCCCUGUCGGAAGAAUCGGCCGUUACCUCAAAAAGGGAAGAUACUCUCAGCGUGUCGGAAGUGGAGCUCCGGUUUAUCUCGCCGCUGUUCUCGAGUACUUGGCUGCUGAGGUUCUUGAGCUCGCUGGAAAUGCUGCUAGGGACAACAAGAAGACCAGAAUCAUCCCCAGACACGUUCUCCUUGCUAUAAGGAACGAUGAGGAGCUUGGGAAAUUACUUGCUGGUGUGACGAUCGCUCAUGGCGGCGUUCUUCCCAAUAUCCAUCAAGUUCUGUUGCCCAAGAAGAGCGAGAAGUCUUCACAAGAACCCAAAACUGCAUCCAAGUCUCCAUCCAAGGCCGGCAAAUCCCCCAAGAAGGCUUGAGCUUUGAACGAAAUCUGUGUAUUAGGGCUUUUAUGUGUUUAGCAAUGUAGGCGUCUGUAUUUUGAAAUGAAAUGAAACCAUUGGUUCCGGCCUUUUGACUGAUCAAAUCCCAUCGUAGUUAUGUCGUGUUUUGUUAA